CUCAAUCCGUCCAGUUCGAUCGGCAACGGGAGCGGAGAAAGAAAAGCUGAGAGCCCGAAGGCAGCAGCCCCACCACCGCCGGCCCAGGUUACCAUCUAGCACCGGGAAAAAACACUAGAAAGCCACCGCCGGCACAAAUAUAAGUUGGCACCAACAACCAGAAAUCCAACAUGAGCAGUGAGGCCGAGACACAGCAACAGCCGCCUCAGCCUGCCGAAGCGGAGAGCCCUUCCAGUCCGGCAGCCGCAGCUACCGCGGGGGAAAAGAAGGUCAUCGCAACAAAAGUUUUGGGGACUGUGAAGUGGUUCAAUGUAAGGAAUGGCUACGGUUUCAUCAACAGGAAUGACACAAAGGAAGAUGUGUUUGUACACCAGACUGCCAUUAAGAAAAACAACCCCAGAAAAUACCUUCGCAGUGUUGGAGAUGGAGAGACUGUCGAGUUUGAUGUGGUUGAAGGAGAAAAGGGUGCAGAGGCGGCCAAUGUCACUGGCCCAGGGGGGGUCCCCGUUCAGGGGAGCAAAUAUGCAGCAGACAGGAAUCGCUACAGGAGGUAUCCUCGUCGCAGGGGUCCCCCACGUGGUGACUACCAGCAGAACUACCAGAGCGACGGCGAGGGCGAGGGCCAUGAGAAGAGGGAAGGGGGGGAGAAUGCUCCCGAGGGGGAGAUGCAACCUCAACAGCGCAGGCCCACCUUCCCACCAAGGAGGCGCUACCCCCCAUACUUUGUCCGUAGGCGCUAUGGCCGCCGUCCGCCUUACACCAAUGCACCCCGGGCAGAGAUGACUGAGGGCGGUGAAGGUGAAGAGAACCAGGGCGGUGUUGACCAGGCCAACAAACCAAUGAGGCAGAACUACUACCGAGGCUUCCGUCCAAGGUUCACAGCCAGGGGUGCCCCUCGUCCAAGACCUCCCCGAGAAGGUGUCAACGAGGAGGACAAGGAGAACCAGGGUGAUGCCGGCAAGAACCAGGAUCCCGGACAGCGUCGGUAUCGCCGCAACUUCAACUACCGCCGUAGACGCCCACAAACCACCAAGCCCCAGGAAGGAAAAGAGAACAAGGCAGUGGACACGCCAGCGGAGAAGCCAUCCGCUCCCCAGGCCGAGCAGGGCGGGGCUGAGUAAAGGCCGGAGUACCAUCUGUACCAUCACCGGUCAUGUCAACAUGAAGAAACAUCAAAGAUCUGAGCAAUAAGAAACAGAUUUGACUUGACGAUCCUGAAAGCUUGCAACAUGCGUUUGACCAGAUGCCCACCAAUUGCCUGCAGAAUCUAUGCAGCCCUGUUUUUUUCCCAUUACUUAUGACAGCUUAAACAACAAAUUUUAUUGGGGGAAAUGACAUGUUUUUUGUAAAUUUGGUUUUAAGUUUUUACACCAAAUCGUUUUUAAAGCAGUUCUUUGAUAUCUGGUCAAUUUGACAUUUUUAAAUAAAGGUUUUUAUGUAUACAACAUGAAUUUUAACAAAAUGCAAGCGCAAAUAAAAGUCAAAUGCAA